AUGACCUCCCCCUCUCCAAACGACGGACGUACUCUCGUCCAACUUCUCACUUACAAUACCGCCCUACAAGGCCUCCACGGUCUACCUCAGGACCUUGUUGACUGGCUCGCACCUUCUCUCACCGUCUCGUCCUUCCUCUCCCGCACGCCCAAUGCCGACAUCGUUGCUGUUGGCUUCCAAGAGCUGCUACCACUCUACCAAGGCUUAGCUGGAUUUUCUGGACCCGUGAUGAAGGACAGGGUUGCACAUCUUGAGAAACAGCUCGAGAUUGCCGCGAACGGCAAAGAGCAGUAUUCGCUCGUGGCAAAGGAAGUCAAUGUGGGGAUCGCGUUGCUCGUAUUCGCGAAGGACAGUGGGGUCGCAAGAAGGAUCAAAGAUGUGCAGACCACUUGGAGCGGAUGUGGACCAGGUUACAUGGGCAAUAAAGGAGGGGUUGCUGUACGGUUUACUGUACAACCGGCGGAAGGCAUAGACGGGCCGGGCGAGGUUUACACCUUUGUCAAUAUGCAUCUCACUGCCUUUGCGAACAAGCUUCAUCGCCGGCUAUGGGACUGGCAGCAUCUCGUCUCGACACUCACCUUCUCCGGCCCGUCGACAGUAUAUGAUACAUCGCAUCUGUUCCUUCUUGGCGAUCUAAACUUCCGCGUUGAAGCACCCCCGGAGCUACAGACACCCAAUCUUCUCCAACAAUUGGUGACCAAGUCUGGUCGUGAACUGGUGGCGGCACACGACCAGCUACGGCGGGAACACAAGGCUGGCAACAUCUUCCGCGGUCUGCGAGAGGGGGAGUUCUGGGAUUUCGCGCCGACAUACAAGUGCAUCAUCGGCGAUGUCGCCGGCUACAAUACAAAACGCACACCGAGCUGGACAGACCGAGUGUUGUAUACGACAUAUCACGACGAUCCUGCAAGACCAGAGGAAAGCGCGAUACAGAACUUACUCUACACCUCUAUCCCGGGGUACACAACAUCGGACCACAAACCCGUCGUCGCGCUCCUGGCAGUACCUCCGCCAGCGCCUGCAUCGUCAUCUGCGUCCCCAGCACUUCGAUUGUCCGAAGGCUAUAGGCCAGCAUCCGCACCGCGGAUCAAAGCAUUUGUGCAGCGGUAUGCUGGCCGCACACUUGACCGACUGGUCGGCAUCGUAUGGUGGCUAUUCGUGAUCAUCGGUGCGGGCAACGCUGCCCUCGGAAUUGGCAACUUUGUACUUGGGCUCGGAGUCGGUGCAUGGGCGUGGUGGCGAGGAAGUCCUCGGGCGAUUGAGGUGUAA